AUAUUCAUGGAUAAAUUAUAGAAUGUCUAGGAAAGAAUCAUACACAGUUGAAACUACAUUUUAGGAUCCGUGUUUUACGAUCAAACCUAGGGACGAUUUAAAUUGUAUAAUACAGUAAACGUAUCAUUAGCGAUUUAAAUAUAAAGGGGCAAAAUAAAUAGGAGGGGUGAGAUCUAUAAAACUUGUUCUAUAAAUAGAGCUGCAUGGGGAAGACACUUUAUCACAUCCAAAACCAAAAGCAACACAAACACACACCAAAAAAAACAAAAUACAUUUACUUUCUACUCAACAGUUUCAACUAAAGAUUUCUAUAGUAACCCUACAAACAUGGCAAUGUUAAAGAACAAACACAUGACCGUCUCACUGAUCUUGGUGUGUCUCAUUGUGGUGUCUCCAAUGGCUGAGGCUCAGCUUGGACUUGGUGGUGGUGGUGGUGGUGGUGGUGGUGGUCUUAUUGGGGGUCUUGGUGGUCUUGUUGGUGGUCUUGGUGGUCUUGUCGGUGCUCUUGUUGGUGGUAUUCUCAAUCUCGUCAAUAUAAAUGGGGUUGUCUUUUGCUCUCUCAAUGGCGCUCUCAAUGGCACUUCCACUCCUGCUUUCGCUAAUGCAGGAGUUCAGCUCCAGUGCGGAAGGCAAAACAGAGUCGUUUCAACAGCGACCACGAACGCUGCCGGAUUAUUCACGCUUCCUACAGACACAAUUCAGAUGUUACUUUCCACACUCCUCUCUGAUUGUCGGGUCGUCGUCACGACCCCUCUCUCCACCUGCAACGCCAACCUCCCUUCCGUUGGCAACCUCGUCUCACGGUUAGCCAUGAUCGGGAACAGCCUUACCGGCCUCCUCAACAUCAUCAGUAUCAUCCCUGCCGGCUUUGGUCUCCUUACCUGAUUUCAAACUAUUUAUAUAUACUCUAUGUUCGGUUACAGUGUGUUUCCCUUUUGUUAUAUGUUUUGUGUGAUGGCCAUUUACGUUUACUUGCGUGUGCAUGAAUAAGGUCUAUAUAGGGCUUACGUCUCAACGUUUAAAGUCUUCUGUUGUAACUUUUUUUUUUCUCCAUUCUGCAUGUAUAAUGCUUUUGUGAAAUGAUACAAACAAUUUCCCUUUUCAAAUAA